AAGAUUAAUAAUGUCUUUAGUUUGUUAAUUUAAACAUUCAGACUUGCCUAUUCGCUGAAAUAAAUUGUUAAAUUUUGUAAUGCACUACCGUCUCUGGGCAAAGUAUGCAUUCUGCAUUUAACAUCUAAAAAGUAUUCUAUAAUUUAAAUUAUUCGCCAAGUGUAGCACAGUUUUGGUCCUUUCAAAAUAAAUUCUUUUGUUGUAAGCCUAGCGGCGUUGAAAUUUAUAUUCCGAUUAAGUCAAUCGAAUUUUAAUUGUUAUCCCUACUUGCCAAGCGCCUUUAGGGACUAUCCUAUUGGAAAAAAAGUUGUGCGGUCCGUACAAGUUUUUUGUGCAUUUUAAAUCGCUGGCGUACAGUAAGCGGAUCAAAAGAUUAUGGUCUAUCUUGUGUAGCUACGCGCAUUUGUGCAGAUUUGUGCACAGCAUCGUAACAUACAGCGACCUAAAAUAUUCCAGAUUAGAUAAACUGAUCAAGCAACAACUACUGGCACAGAACGAGUCCCACAAACAACUCAAUCAAAAUGACUCGCAGAGCGGCAUUAGCGAUUUAGCGUUAAAAAAAACAAUACCAGUAGAGCGUCGUCCAUCAACCUCAUCCACAUUCACAUCCAAGUUCCUAUUCCCAUCAGAUGCAGCGUCCGUUCGCCGAAUCGUCUGUGUAAAUUGACGGCAAACAAAUUAUAAAAAUAGAUUAAAAAUUCAGCAUCGGAAAAGUAGUUGCCGAAAAUUCGAACCGAGCCGUGGAAGCAUUGGCCGGACGGAGCUUUUGCCCCCGCGUUGUUCAAGUGUCGUCACCGAUGAGGCGGGCGAAUUUAAUUGGUUCUUUUUUGUGCUAUUUUAUUAUUUCCGAGCAGAAGCGUUUUAGUUGAAUUUUGGCCGAAGCUGCGUGCGGGCGUGAAUCUCUAAAGGCAACUAAUUUAUAUAAUUGCUGCCCGAUCUAUAUUUCGUCGUUAAAAUAUCUUACGAAUUCAGCCAAAGAAUUUUAUUGAAAGAAUAGUGGACCAACAAGGACAGAAUGAGUGAAAGUUCCAAUCCUUUGCCGAGUUUCGAGCCCCAUCAAUCCCAUAUAGGUGCUGGGAUAUACCACAACAUAGCCACAAGUUUCACAGAUCAGAAUGUGGUCGUAUCGCCGCUGCUCGUGGAAGCCACCCUCUCACUUCUGUUUUUGGGAUCGGAUGGUGCCACUGCCGAGGAGUUGCAGAAACUGCUGCGACUGAAGGAGCGCUUCCCCAGCAACGCAAAGAUGGCCAACUUCUAUGCCGCGGAACUGGCGAACAUUACAGCGGAUCCAGACACCCGCCUGCAAUUGCAGAACCGAUUGAUGCUCCAGCCUCUAGCUGGAUCCGAAUCUGGCAUUGCCGAUGACUUCCAGAAGAUUGCUCAGACCUAUUUUCAUGCCACUGCCGAGUGUGUUGACCUGGAGCAGACGGAAAAGCUGCGGCGCCACAUAAACGAGCAGAUCCUGGCCAAUGUUGGCGGCGGCAGCUGGGAUCAGAUCCAGCUGGAAAGCAACCCAGUAGCCAAGACGCUGCUCCUGCUAGCGGCCAGUCUGCAGAGCAAGUGGUUCCUGCCCUUCAGUGCCUACCGAACGGGACUGUAUGAGUUCCACAGCGGCGGCCAGGUUAAAUCGGUGGCCAUGCUCUUCGACGACGACAUGUUUGUGAAGUAUGCGGAGCUGCGGGACCUGGACGCGCGCGCCAUUGAGCUGCCCUACGAGCACGCCGAGGAGCUGUCCAUGCUGCUCAUCCUGCCCAACCAGCGACACGGUCUGCCGCAGCUGGAGGAGCAGCUGCGGGGCCUGGACCUGGGUGCACUGCAGCAGCGUAUGCAGAUGGAGGGUGUGCAGGUACUGUUGCCCAAGUUCUGCAUCGAUUGCGAGUGCAGUCUGCGGCAGCCCCUGAAGCAGCUUGGCUUUGAGGAGAUAUUCCGGGCAUCGGCCAACUUCAAACAUCUGCAUCCCUCUGGCAGCCUGCCCGUGGUCGAUGUUCUCCAAAAGCUGCGCAUUAGCUUGAACGAGUCUGGAUCCGGACCCCCGUUGCCACGCCCUGCAGCAGAGUACAAGCCCAUUGUGAUCAGCAAUUCCUCCCGCCAGAAAUUCUUCCGAGCCGACCAUCCAUUCUUCUUUGCCAUUCGCAGCGAGAAGGUGACCUACCUAAUGGGUCAUGUGGUGGAAUUCUAAAGCUCACUGGGACAAGCAGGGAAAGUGGACAAGUGGUUUGUGCAAUAUUUAAACUAAUAUAAAAAUAAGUAAGGUAAAAUUUAUAUUUACUAAAAAAGUAAAAAUUUGUUAAGCUGAUUAAAAAAAUAGGCUUCCCAAGGAUGUGGAUUUUUUCUGAUUUGUCAACUGGAUAUGUUUUCCCAAUCAGAUUCACAUUCUGUGUAUUUAAAUGCAAUAUACUCUUCCUGAUAGGAACAUUUUGACAGAUGGUCGCUAUUCCUAACGUAAAUAUAACUCUGGGAAAUAUUAA